CAACUGCUCAGCAGGUGUUUAAGUAGCGUUGACACCCUAGCCCUUUUGUAGGCUGGCGGCGCCCUUAGACCGAGACCGAGACCAUUUCAGGAGGUGAUAGCCUGCCUUCCGACCCUUGUUUUCCCCUUCAGUGCAAGUCUCCAUCCAUCCAUCCCAUCCAGGCACAGCUUGCUCGCCCUUCUUACCUACCUGUAUAUUCACACAUCUGUCCUUUUGCUCCUUCCACGGUUUCUUGUCUUGGAGCCUGACCCGAAUCGAUGGUCCAAGCCUUGUCUCUUGCGCUUGCACUUGUUGCAUGACCUCGUCUCGAAGAAACCGGACGGAGCCAAGCGCAAGCUAUAGCGACUUGACUGACUUUGGCUGAAGUUGAGCCACACCAACUCGGUUGACCGUCAACCUAAGUCGCGCCGGGUCGCUCGCCGAACGACAUCAUCCAUAUAAGCCUCCCUUCAGAUUAGGUCCUAUCUCGGCCUCUUCUCCUUUGGAAACCCAUUCACGCAUCGGAGCUUCUACUCACGGUCAACUUAGUUGACAGGUUUUGGCUGAGAAAGCAUACAUACACGUGACAGAAUCAAUUAAGCAGCACUCCACUACGCCCACCCACGCCGAAGCGUCCACUCUUCCUUUUGCCCUGGCGGCAUCCGGGACGCGCUGUCUUACCCGGCUGCUUCGGUCUUUCCCCGUUCCGGCAAUUCUCUCUACGUGCUUCUCGACCGGCCGCUGCCCAUCGGAAGCCCGACAUGGCCAUCCUGAUCCCUGCCAUCGGCCUGUCCCGACCGGUGCGACUGCUGGUCUUCGCCGCCAUCGUCGUAUGCCUAUUUACGUUGUGGCCUCAUUCCGGGUCUCGCGGGCUAUCGCGUCUGCUCCAUUCCAAGUCAAAUUUGAAGGUCCAGCGCGCCAUUCUGAAAUAUGUUGACCCCUUGAUUGGAACCGUCAACGGAGGCCAUGUGUUCCCCGGUGCAUCGUUGCCGUACGGGAUGGCCAAGGCUUGCGCAGACACGGAUUCUCGCGCUGAGAAUGCUGCGGGCUGGGUUUCAGACAAUUCCAAGAUAACCGGCUUCUCCCAUUUCCAUGAUUCUGGAACCGGAGGGUCGCCGUCCAUGGGCAACUUUCCACUGUUCGCUCACCCUGGCUGCGCCAAUGAUGACUACUUAGCAUGCAAAUACACGACGGACCAAAGAAGCCUCUUCCGUGUCAACGGUUCGGUCGUGGCUCGUCCAGGUUACUUCUCCGUAGACCUCACAAACACCGUUCGUGCUGAAAUGACGGUCAGCGAGCGUACGGCGCUGUACCGCUUCAACUUUUCACCCAACGACACAGUAUCAUUUGUGGACGUCGCUAACCAUGGUACUAUCAACGCUGUUAGCAGCCCUCUGAUUCUCAUCGACCUCGCGGAUAUUGCCCAGAGCAGAUCCAGCGGAGGUAUCCAAGUGUACGAAUCGGGCCGUGUCAUUGGCGAUGGCACUUUCAGACCCUCCUUUGGACAGGGCAACUACAGGGCAUUCUUCUGUGCCGAUUUCCGAGGAGCCAAAAUUCGCAAGUCUGGUGUGUUCGAAGGCGAUGAUCCCCAAGAGGAGCCGAAAUAUCUGGCAGAGUUCACCCGAGGCAUGCACAAUCCUACCGGUGCCGCCGGCGCGUGGCUGCACUUCGAGAGGCCCGAGAACAACCAGAUCCUCGCCCGGGUUGGCCUCUCCUUCAUUUCCGUCGACAAGGCUUGCCAGAAUGCCGAGGAUGAGAUACCAAAAUUCGACUUCGAUGGCACCGUACGCGCUGCAGAGUCAACGUGGAGCGAGAAGCUCUCGGUGGUGGAACUCGAUACUGCGGGUGUAAGCGAAGACUUGAAGACUACCUUCUGGUCUGGUCUCUACAGAAGUUUUCUCUCGCCGCAGAAUUACACGGGCGAAAACCCGCUGUGGGAAUCGUCCGAACCGUACUUUGACUCGUUUUACUGUAUCUGGGACUCCUUCCGGGCCCAGCACCCACUGCUUACCAUUGUAGACCCGGAGGCGCAGACGCAAAUGGUUCGCACUUUGUUGGACAUCUACAGAUUCGUUGGUAAGCUUCCGGACUGCAGGAUGUCGUUCUGUAAAGGGUUCAGCCAGGGAGGCUCCAAUGCCGACAUUGUGAUUGCGGACGCCUACCUCAAGAACAUCACCAAUGGCGUGGACUGGAAGACCGCAUACGAGGCCGUGGUCUCGGAUGCCGAAGUCGCGCCGCAGCAUUUUGGCGUCGAAGGCCGGGGCAACCUCGAAAGCUGGUUCGGGCUAGGCUACAUUGCUGUAGAUCACUUUGAUAAGAUCUCGACUGGUCCGCAGAGCCGCUCUAUUUCCCGCACAGUCGAGUAUGCAUACGACGACUUCUGCAUCGCAGAGAUGGCGAAAGGCCUCGGCCACGACGACGACUUUGCCAAGUAUAUGCAGCGCAGCGCCAACUGGCAAAACCUCUGGAACCCAGACCAGCAAGACAUCAUUCAGGGCAAGGACCACACUGAGGUUGAACGGACAAAAUAUACGGGAUUCCUGAUGCCGAAGCUGGUGAACGGCUCGUUUACGUACCAGAACACCCGCAUCUGUUCGCCCAACACGGAACAGCACCUGUGCUACUUCGAUACGGGGCAGGCCACGUACGAGGGAUCCCCUUGGCUAUACUCGUUCUUUGCGCCACAGGACAUGGCAACGCUAAUCAAGCUCAUGGGCGGCCGGGAAGCGUUUGUCGACAGGCUCGAGUACUAUCACAGCGGCAACAUUGUCUACAUGGGCAAUGAACAAGCCUUCCUCACCGUGUUCCAAUUCCAUUACGCCGGGAGACCCGGCCUCAGCUCGCGCACGACGCGCAGCUAUAUCCCAUCGCAGUUCAAUGCCACCAUCAACGGGAUUCCCGGUAACGACGACUGUGCCAUGGGCGCUUUCAGCGCGCUUGCAAUGAUGGGCUUCUUCCCCGUCGCGGGGCAAGACGUGUACCUGGUCAUCCCGCCCUUUUUCCCCGAGGUACGGCUCAGGUCGAGGGGAGCCAAGCCCGCUGUUAUCCGAAAAGUUGCCAGGAAUGACAAGGAGCUCGCAGAGGGCAUCUACAUCCAGAGCGCCACGCUCGACGGCAAGCCCUACACCAAGAACUGGAUCUCGCACGAAUUCUUCUACCACGGCGGAGUGCUGGAGCUCACGGUGGGCUCGGAGGAGAGCGAUUGGGGCACGAGGGAGGAAGAUGUGCCUCCCAGCUACCCCGUCACUGUCGCAUCUAAGACAGCAGCGCCAACCCGGACACUCCAGGAAGGUUAAGGACGACUCCAAAUAGAAGUCGCGCGCCUGUAUGUAUGAGAGAACAGAAGCAUCGUUCAGUAUUUUGAAGGACUCACCAGCAAU